GGUGAGGGCGGGACGACACGGCGCCUGGCGGUGUGGAGCACGCUAUGCUUUGGCCGCUCUUCCCUUAGCAUCUCGCUUUCGCUGGAGGACCACAGGUGGCGCUGGGACUUCGAGGGCCGCAGAAGGCGCGGGGAGGAAGCCGGGAGAUGGACUCAGUGGCCUUUGAGGAUGUGGCUGUGAAUUUCACCCAGGAGGAGUGGGCUUUGCUGGACCUUUCCCAGAAGGAGCUCUACAGAGAUGUGAUGCAGGAAACAUUCAUUAACUUGGCUUCUAUAGAGGAAAAUUGGGACGACCACAACAUUGAAGAUCAGCAUAAAAACCGGGGGAGAAAUCUAAGAGAUCAUGUAGAAGAGAGACUUGGUGAAAAGAAAGAAGAUCAGUUUAGGGAAACUGUCAGCCAGAUGCCAGAUAUUAAACAGAAUAAGAAAACUCUUCCUGCAGCAAAACCCUAUGAGUGUAAUGUGUGUGGAAAAGUCUAUAUGUGUCACUCAUCUCUUAAUAGGCACAUGAAAUCUCAUAAUGGAUGCAAACCUUAUGAGUGCCACAAAUAUGGGGAAAAGUUGUAUGAAUGUAAGGAAUGUGGGAAAACAUUCAGCUUUCGAAGUUCAUUUCGAAUACAUGAAAGGACUCACACUGGAGAGAAACCCUAUAAAUGUAAGGAAUGUGGGAAAGCUUUCAGUUGGCCCAGUUCCUUCCAGAUCCAUGAAAGGACUCACACUGGAGAGAAACCAUAUGAAUGUAAGGAGUGUGGCAAAGCCUUCAUUUAUCACACAACCUUUCGAGGACACAUGAGAAUGCACACAGGAGAGAAACCAUACAAAUGUAAAGAAUGUGGGAAAACUUUUAGUCAUCCAAGUUCAUUUCGAAACCAUGAAAGAACUCACUCUGGAGAGAAGCCCUAUGAAUGUAAACAGUGUGGAAAAGCCUUCAGAUAUUACCAGACUUUUCAAAUACAUGAAAGGACUCACACUGGAGAAAAACCCUAUCAGUGUAAGCAAUGUGGUAAAGCUCUUAGUUGUCCGACAUCUUUUAGAAGUCAUGAAAGGAUUCAUACCGGUGAAAAACCUUAUAAAUGUAGAAAAUGUGGCAAAGCCUUCAGUUUUCCUAGUUCCUUUCGAAAGCAUGAAAGGAUUCAUACUGGGGAGAAACCUUAUGAUUGCAAGGAAUGUGGGAAAGCAUUCAUUUCUCUUCCAAGCUACAGAAGACACAUGAUUAUGCAUACUGGAAAUGGUCCUUAUAAGUGUAAGGAAUGUGGCAAAGCCUUUGAUUGUCCUAGUUCAUUUCAGAUUCAUGAGAGAACUCACACUGGAGAGAAGCCCUAUGAGUGUAAGCAAUGUGGGAAAGCCUUCAGUUGCUCCAGUUCUUUUAGAAUGCAUGAAAGGACUCACACCGGUGAGAAACCUCAUGAAUGUAAACAGUGUGGUAAGGCUUUCAGUUGUUCAAGUUCUGUUCGAAUCCAUGAAAGAACUCACACUGGAGAGAAGCCCUACGAGUGUAAACAGUGUGGCAAAGCCUUCAGUUGUUCUAGCUCUUUUCGAAUGCAUGAAAGAAUUCACACUGGAGAGAAACCCUAUGAAUGUAAACAGUGUGGGAAAGCCUUCAGCUUUUCCAGUUCAUUUCGAAUGCAUGAAAGAACGCACACUGGAGAGAAACCUUAUGAAUGCAAACAGUGUGGGAAAGCCUUCAGUUGUUCCAGUUCCUUUCGAAUGCAUGAAAGGACCCACACCGGAGAGAAGCCCUAUGAAUGUAAGCAGUGUGGGAAAGCCUUCAGCUGUUCCAGUUCCAUUCGGAUCCAUGAAAGGACUCACACUGGAGAGAAGCCCUAUGAAUGUAAGCAGUGUGGGAAGGCCUUUAGCUGCUCCAGUUCUGUUCGAAUGCAUGAAAGGACUCACACUGGAGUGAAACCCUAUGAAUGUCAGCAAUGUCAUAAAGCCUUCAGUUGCUCCCGUUCCUUUCGCAUCCAUGAAAGAACUCACACUGGAGAGAAACCCUAUGAAUGUCAGCAAUGUGGUAAAGCAUUCAAGUGUUCCCGUUCCUUUCGAAUACAUGUAAAGACUCACAGUGGACAGUAGCCCUUUAAAUAUAAACAACACACAAAGCUUUCAGCUGUCCUAUUGCUCUUUGAGGAUAUGAAAGGACUCUUGCUACUGAGAAACCCUAGGGAGAUAAAAUGUGGGAGGGACUGCAAGUGUAGCUCAGUGGUAGAGACUUUGCCCAGUGUGCUUACGGUCCUGGGUUUGAUUCCCUCACAGUGCAACAACAUAAAAAAAUAAAGCAUACUGGAAACUUUCACUUCUCCAGGUAUGAAUACUGGAAGAAUUGGAAGAAUACAGAAUACUGGAAAAAUACAGAAAGAACUCAGAAUAGAGAGAAGUCCUGUGACCAUAAGCACCAUGGGGAAGUCUUCACUGAUUGUCUUUUUGAGGAUGCAUUGAGAAUGCACAUGGAGAAAAAUCCUACCAUGUA